GCAGAGGAAAAGUAACGAAAACGCAGAGAGAGAGAGAGAGGCAGAUCAUGGGCAGUCAAGCUAGUUCUUCAGCUGCUAGUGGCGGGGGCAUCUCCUCCAUCCUGUCCUUAGGGAAUCGAGACUUCCUCAUCUCUCCAUCUGGAAGCAAGGUCUCCGUUGAAGAAUUAGAAGGAAAAACCAUCGGUUUGUACUUUGGUGCAAAUUGGUAUGCUAAAUGUGAAAAGUUCACUCCAUUGUUAACUGAAGUUUACCAGAAGUUGAAGGAACAGGGAACUGAAUUUGAAGUUGUAUUUGUAUCAUGUGAUGAGGAUCAGAGCUCCUUUGAGCAAUUCCAUGGUACAAUGCCAUGGGUUGCAAUACCCUUUGGUGAUCUGCAAUCCAGGAAAAUUUUGAACCAAAGAUAUGACAUUGAGGGUAUACCUUCCUUGGUUAUUCUCAGUCCCAAUGGGCAAGUUUUGCAAACAAAUGGUGUUGAGCUUAUCCGGCGGUACGGCUCACAAGCUUUCCCUUUUACUCCGUUAAGUAUCAGGGAGUUGAUAGCUGAAGAGAAAGCCAAUCAGGAUUCUCAGACCUUGGAAAAACUCCUAGCAACUAAUGGUAGAGACUAUGUGAUUGAUCAUGGUAAACAGGUACCAAUCUCGAAUUUGGUAGGGAAAACCAUUGGGUUGUUCUUUUCAGCUCUGUCUUACCCCCCGUGUGCAAAGUUUACUUCUCGAUUGGCAUCUAUUUAUAGGAACCUUAGAGAAAAACAUGAUCAGUUUGAGAUCGUGUUUGUGUCAGUUGAUAAAGAUGAAUCAAGCUAUUCUCAAAGCUUUAGUGAGAUGCCAUGGAUUGCAUUGCCAUACAACGUGGAAUCGACAAAGCUGCUAUCUCGAUAUUUCGACGUCCAGGGAAUCCCAACUCUCAUAAUUAUCGGUCCUGAUGGGAAAACGAUAACGAAAGAAGGAAGGAAUCUGAUAAACUUGCAUAUGGAGAUGGCAUAUCCCUUCACUGAAGAACGUUUGAAAUUGCUUCGAGAAAAGAUGGAUGAAGAGGCAAAGAACUACCCUAGCUCUUUAAACCAUGCGGGCCAUCGGCACGCACUCAACUUAGUUUCCGAGAACUCGGGAGGUGGCCCGUUCAUUUGCUGCGAGUGCGACGAGCAGGGCUUAGGCUGGGCUUACCAAUGCCUUGGAUGUGGUUAUGAGAUUCAUGGAAAAUGUGUAAGGGAGGUUGAAGGAAAGGGCACAUCAGAGAACUCUCCUUUGCCAAAAAGUAGCAGCGGGCUGUAAAAUAUGAAGACUUUAGUUUACGCAUAACUGAAGAAUCCAUAAAUACUGUUAAGUUUCUUCCUCUCUAAACAAACUGAUAUAAUGGAUCAUAGUUGAAUCAGAUAAGGUACCUCUAAGCCAUGAUUGCAACACUAAUGGCUCAGGACAUUACAUAGAAGUAAAUGUAUGGGAUGUGAAGAUUGUUUGUUAGUAUCUGAUUUAUGAUGGCAAUGUGAUUUGUCUUUUGAUACUGAGAAGAUAAUGUUAUCGUCUUUCUGUGACAAUUAACAUUCUUCUUCAGAAAAAGGUGAAGGGAAUAUGAAACUGGGAUGGUUCUUAACGAGUGAUGUGCAAGUAGGAUGUCUGUAAAUCUAGCUUUGUUCAGCUGAUCAAAAUGUUGUACUUUGCAACUUACCAUUCUAAUAAUGUUUCAUGAAAGUUUUUGUCCAUAAUACUUUGCAACUUACCAUUCUAAUAAUGUUGCUACUUUUCUUAUCAUGUAUGACUGUUAAAAAAGAAAAAGAAAAAUUAUGGGCGCCUUGUUUCUUUCUA